CGCUGCGCAUUUCUUUCGGUGGUGAAACUUUGGCACGUGGUGCUGGUCUGGUGAUGGUGGUCGCCGUGGAGUUCAGUUUCAUCCGUGGUCAUCUGUACGCAUUCUCACUCACCACUCCAUUGAAUAAGCCAUAAACUUGUAUUCGUCUUGGAUCAUCAUUCUGUGCCACCAGUAUGAGUAAGUUUGCUGUUCAGAUUCUCUUUUAAUUUGUUUCACUCAACUGUUUUGAUUUAAUUUACUCUACAGCUUAGCGUCAACUAUGGAUAUAACAGAAGGACAGUUUAGUGAUGCAGAUGAUGAUCAAACAGCACUGGAAUCAUCCAACAUUUCCAACAAGCAGGGUGCAUUUCAGCCAGCAGUGUCUGCUGUUACUGGAGGCUUGGCAGAACUGAGCACACAUGCCUCUGAGCUGUCCCAGGAGGUGUCAAGGGCACCCAAGGAAGAAACAUCAUUUACAGAUGACCAGGACCUGGAUGAAGACUAUCAGAGUGAUGAGGAUGCUGAGUUCUACGACUGGGAUCCAUCCUGCAAGAAGGAUUUGACCAAGGAGUAUUUGUCUCACCGCGGGGCCUCACAGGGCGGUGGAAGUGCGGGAGGCGGUGGCAAGAAAUUCCAGCCGUCAAAGAACCUUAUGAUGCGCUACAGUAACCGCAUCACCCUGGACCGCUACGACGGCCCGCGGGUAUCGCACGCCGUCAGGAACCAGAUCUCUGAGGCAGCCAAGAGGGAUGACUCGGCCAGGAUCCGCACCAAGGACAAGAAGGACCGCGCCACCGUGGAACAGGUGCUGGACCCGCGCACCAGGAUGAUCCUCUACCAGCUGAUGGACCGCGAGUACUUCACAGAGAUCAAUGGCUCCGUAUCCAUGGGCAAGGAGGCUAACGUGUUCCACGCCAGCGGCGCUCCCCCGCUGAACGAGGAUGGCACGGGCACAGAGCGCGCCGUCAAAAUCUACAAGACCUCCAUCCUGACGUUCAAGGACAGGGAGAAAUACGUGGCUGGCGAGUUCAGGCAUCGUCACGGCUACAGCAAGCACAACCCGCGCAAGAUGGUGCAGACAUGGGCCGAGAAGGAGAUGCGCAACCUGACGCGCCUGACGCGCGCCGGCGUCCCGUGCCCCCAGCCGGUGCUGCUGAGGAGUAACGUGCUCGUCAUGGGCUUCAUCGGCGAGCAGGGACGCGCCGCGCCCAAACUGCACGACGCGUCCAUCAGCAGCUCGAAGGCGCGCGAGCUGUACCUGGACGUGGUGAAGAUGAUGCGCACCAUCUACCACGAGUGUCGGCUGGUGCACGCCGACCUCAGCGAGUACAACAUGCUGUACUUCAAGGGCCGUGUGUACAUCAUUGACGUGUCGCAGUCGCUGGAGCACGACCACCAGAACUCGCUGUUCUUCCUGCGCAAGGACUGCACCAACAUCACCAACUACUUCACCCGCCUGCAGGUGGCCACCAUGACCGUCCGCGAGCUGUUCGACUUUAUCGUGGACCCCAACAUCGGGGCCGACAACCUGGCCGACUACUUGUCGCGAAUGAUGGCCGUGACGGCCGAGCGCGGCCAGCUCACCAACCAGCAGAUCGUCGACGAGGAGGUCUUCAAGAACGCCUACAUACCCAAACGGCUCGACGAGGUGUUUAACGCCGAGCGUGACAUAAAGCAGGCGAAGUCUGGCGAGCGUGAGCUCAUCUACUCGACCAUCACGGGCAUCAAGCCGGACCUGUCGGCCGUGCAGCUGGUGCCCACGCGGCUCGGACAGACGGCGGGCCACUCUGAGGAGGAUGGGGAGGAAGGUGAUGCGAGCGUCUCCUCGGGCGAGGAGGACAGCGAGGACAGUGAGGAUGAGGACGGCGGCUCAAAGUUCGUCAACUCACGCCGGCCCAGGGACGAAUCGCCUGACAGUAAAAAGGAGAGAAAGAAGGCCGUAAAGGAACAGAAGGCAGAAAAGCGAAAAAGCAAGGUGAAAAAGCACAUCAAGAAAAGGAAAGAGAAGGAAAACAAAAAGAAGUAGUGCACCUUGUUGAGUACUGAUUUAUAAGAAUUGUUUACAUAUAUUGUUCUCAGAUGCAUCUCUCGGGUAAGCCAGAAGGCGAUGGUGUGCCAUCACGGUCGCAUGUUAUCGAUUCAGGCAGGGUAUGUCUCCUCUCUGACCAGGGGUCUGCUGUCCACUGGGUUACUCAGGGGGCGGGGCAGAGCCUCCGGGGACGAUACUUGUGGCCAGCCCAGGCGGGACAAACGGUGGGCUUAUUUGCUGCCUGCUGGUCCCCGAGGGAUUGGGUUUACCCUAAGAGAACGGUGUGCUAUUCAACUGUGUCCAGGCUGGGCGGAGCAAGCUCUGGGGAAGGGGCGGUCAAUGGUUGCCCAGGCGGGUUCGUUCUGCUGUCCACUGGUUACCCAGGGGCGGAGCAGAUCACAUACAAUGUUAGAAAGGUCGCUGGCUCCGCUAGCUGAAGGCAUGACCUGUGGGUGGGGCAUGAGGUGCCUUCCGCACUUUGUGCUAUGGUGUGUCUGUGUCAAGGUGUCGUCUUCUUGCUGGGUGUGCGCUCCACGUUAGUCUAAUUUAUUGUUGGUCCGGUUUUAGCAACAUUUUGUACCAUGUUCAUGACUGUUUUAGUCAUGCCCAUUGACAAAAUACAACCCCAGUGACGUGA